AUGGUCCUGGUCCUCGGCGCUCUGGCUAUGGAGCAGGUUGCCAACGCCCUGUGCCUCUUCUUGGUGGCUCUCCUACUCCCCGUCCUGCUCCUCAAGCUUAACUGGCAUGGCGGCAGCGCCGGCCAGAGGCUGCCGCCAGGCCCGUCGCGGCUUCCGGUCAUCGGCAGCCUCCACCACUUGCUGUUCACGCGCAUCCCGCUAGCGCACCGCGCCAUGGCCGAGCUGUCACGGCGUCACGGCGCGCCGCUCAUGUACCUGAGGCUCGGUGAGGUGGGGCUGGUGGUGGCCUCGUCCCCGGCCGCGGCGCAGGAGAUCAUGCGGGCGCACGACGUGGCGUUCGCGUCGCGGCCCUGGAUCCCCAGCGUGCGUCCUGCCAUGGAGCGGGGCGCCGUGGGCCUGGUGUUCGGGCGCUACGGCGCCCUGUGGCGGCAGCUCCGCAGGAUCAGCGUGCUGGAGCUGCUCAGCGCCAAGCGCGUGCGCUCGUUCCGCCGGGUCCGCGAGGACGAGACCCGCCGCCUCGUCGCCGCCUUUGCGCUCGCGGCGGCCACGCCGGGCGAGGCCGUUAACGUUGGCAAGCGGGUCGCCGCGCUCACCGCCGAUGCCACGAUGCGCGCCAUGGUCGGCGACCAGUUCGAGUGGCGGGAGGAGUUCCUGCGGGCGAUCGAGGAAGGGAGCAGGCUCGUGUCGGGGUUCAGCCUCGGCGACCUGUUCCCGACGUCGAGGCUUGCCAGCUUCUUCAGCAGGACGGCGGGUCAGGUGACGGCGGUCCAGCGGAAGACGAUGGAGCUCAUGGACCGCGCCGUCAGGCAGCACGAGGAGCGGCGCCGCGCGGGCACGACGGUGGAUGACGACGAGGACAUCCUUGACGUGCUCCUGAGGGUACACAAGGAAGGUGGCCUCGAGGUGCCCCUCACCAUGGACAUCAUCAAAUCUCUCGUUAUUGACCUCUUCAGCGGAGGGAGCGACACGUCAGCGGCCACGCUGGGAUGGGCCAUGUCAGAGCUGAUGAGGAACCCAGGAGCAAUGGAGAAAGCGCAGGCCGAGGUGCGCAGCAGGCUCCAAGGGAAGCCAGCGGUGACGGAGGACGACCUACACAACCUCAGGUACCUGAAGCUCGUCAUCAAGGAGACUCUGAGGCUGCACCCGCCGCUGCCGCUGCUGCUGCCGAGAGAGUGCAUGGAGGACCGCAAGGUGAUGGGCUACGACGUGCCGAAGGGCACCAUGGUGCUGGUGAACGCAUGGGCGAUCGCCACGGACCCAGAGCACUGGGACGACGCCGAUGCGUUCAAGCCGGAGAGGUUCGAGGAUGGCCGGAUCGACUUCAAGGGCACCGAUUUCGAGUUCAUACCGUUCGGGGCCGGGCGAAGAAUGUGCCCCGGCGCGACAUUCGCGCUGGCCACCGUGGAGCUCGUGCUCGCUUCCUUGCUCUACCACUUCGACUGGGAGCUCCCGGGCGGCGUGAUGCCCGGCGAAUUGGACAUGGAUGAGAGGAUGGGCAUGUCGGUCAUGAGGAAGAAUGAUCUUUGCCUAUGCCAUGUUGUUCGUGUGCCGCCAUAUGUGUAG